UCGAACCAACGGGCCUGAUUGACAUUACUCGAUCCAUGACAAUUACAUCAAUUACAAGAACUCUAGCCAAACAAACUGUGAUCAAUUACAUGAAAUUACCCGACCCAUCAAAGUUGUAGCCGCUAUUUGCCUAUUCUGUAUUUCUGUUUGUGCUAAAGUUCUUCCGAUUUCUGUAAUUCUCUGUUUCUGACAGCCGCAGCAACUCUCUCUUUCUAUGCUCACCGCCUCACCUUGCGAUUUACUGAUUUAGCUUCCCAAAUCCCAAAUCUUCAGCCUCAAAAAAAUGAAGCGGAGAAGACCCGAGGGAGCUUCACCUUCUCAGCCGCUGGUUGAUUCUGAAAAUGUAGUCCUCAACUUGAUCAAAAGUAAAAAGAACCUCGGAAUUUGGUUAGCCGACAUCAAGAAAGAGGCGAAGCUUCAACCAGCCGUCGUCGAUAAAUCCCUGGCUUCGCUCGUGAAAAAGAACCUUAUAAAACAGGUAAAAAACAUACAAAACAAAGCGAGGAAGCACUACAUGGCAGUGGAGUUUGAGCCCUCAGAAGAGCUCACCGGUGGCGCCUGGUACACCGAGGGGAAUCUCGACAAAGAACUCAUCAAUAUUCUCAAGGAGACGUGCCUCAAGGUCAUCAACAAACUGCACGUUACCACUGCAGACGGGAUUUUCGAUUUCCUCAAGGAUAGGAAAGCGAUCAACUGCACACUCGGACAAAUUUCAGAAAUCUUGCGGUCUAUGGUUUUGGACAACUCGGUUAUAGAGGUAAAGAGCAGCGGAUUGGGAGAGUACCAUUCGAUCCCAGUUGGAGCAACUUGUUAUAGAAUCAUCGCUAGCGCAGGCACCGGGGCAGAUAAAAAAAUGGGUAGUGCAAUGGCUUCAAUUCCUUGUGGUGUUUGCCCAAGGAUUAGUGAGUGUACACCUGAUGGAAUCAUAUCCCCUAAAGCAUGCAUUUACUUCUCUAAAUGGUUGGAAUUCUAGUCUGUUAUGUAAUUGUAUUGUCCAUUAACUUAUACUUCAACCUAAUUAAUGGUCUGCAUCAUAUUCUUUAUUUCUGGCUCCUAUCAGAUGGUGCUUCUUUUACCAGGAAA